GCGGUCGCCGCAGCCAGCGCGGCUCCGCCCAGCUCUCCCCGCCAUAGUGCGGGUGGAAGCCAUGGACGUCAAUCAGUCCAAGCAGGAGCACUUGCUGGCUCUGAAAGUGAUGAGGCUAACCAAACCUACUUUAUUCACUAAUAUUCCGGUGACUUGUGAAGAAAGAGAUUUGCCAGGUAAUCUCUUUAAUCAACUCAUGAAAGAUGAUCCUUCUACUGUAAAGGGUGCAGAAACUUUGAUGUUAGGAGAAAUGCUGACUCUACCUCAAAAUUUUGGAAACAUAUUUCUGGGUGAGACGUUUUCCAGUUAUAUUAGUGUGCACAAUGAUAGUAAUCAGGUUGUCAAGGACAUACUGGUGAAGGCUGAUCUUCAGACGAGUUCUCAGCGUUUGAACCUUUCAGCUUCUAGUGCUGCAGUGGCAGAACUAAAACCUGACUGUUGCAUUGAUGAUGUGAUCCACCAUGAAGUAAAGGAAAUAGGAACACACAUCUUAGUUUGUGCAGUAAGUUACACUACGCAGACUGGAGAGAAGAUGUAUUUCAGAAAGUUCUUCAAAUUUCAGGUUCUUAAACCACUAGAUGUGAAAACCAAAUUCUACAAUGCUGAGAGUGACCUCAGUUCUGUGACAGAUGAAGUGUUUCUGGAAGCUCAAAUUCAGAAUAUCACUACCUCUCCAAUGUUUAUGGAGAAGGUUUCUUUAGAGCCAUCUAUGAUGUACAGUGUUGCAGAACUGAACACAGUUGACACAGUAGGGAAAAGUGAGUCUACUUUUGGCGCAAGGACUUACUUACAACCUAUGGAUACACGUCAAUACUUAUACUGUCUAAAACCAAAGCAAGAAUUUGCAGAGAAAGCUGGAGUAAUAAAAGGUGUAACAGUGAUUGGUAAACUAGAUAUUGUAUGGAAAACCAAUCUGGGUGAACGAGGAAGGCUGCAAACUAGCCAGCUUCAGAGAAUGGCUCCUGGCUAUGGUGAUGUAAGGCUUUCUUUGGAGACAAUACCAGACACUGUAAAUUUGGAAGAACCUUUUGACAUUACAUGUAAAAUAACAAAUUGCAGCAGUGAAAGGACUAUGGAUCUGGUUUUAGAAAUGUGCAAUACUAAUUCCAUCCACUGGUGUGGAGUUUCAGGAAGGCAACUUGGAAAGCUGCACCCAAGUUCAUCCCUCCACCUUGCACUUACAUUGUUGUCUUCAGUGCAGGGAUUGCAAAGUGUCUCUGGCUUAAGACUUACAGACACGUUUUUGAAGAGAACAUAUGAGUAUGAUGAUAUUGCACAAGUCUGUGUAGUUUCUUCUGGAGUCAAACAAAGCUGAAGAAAAAAAUUCUGUGGUUCUGCUGUGCUUGCUUUUUUUUACCAACUUCUUGAUGUUUUUGCCAUCAAAUCAUACAAAAUCCCUAUAUAGCUGUAAAUGUAAUUGUGAUGAUUUAAUUUCUCUGAGCAUUUCUUGAAUGUUUUAAAAUCUUUUAAAAACAUGCAUAUGCAUUUUAUCUACUAAAAAUAAAACCUUUGAAAAAAGUGUAGUUGUAGCAAAUUAUAUUGCAGUAACAUAACAUCACCUCAGCAUGGGAAUGAGACUGAAAAAAAUAGUAGCAAUUUAUACUUACUUUUGUAACUAUAAUUAUUUUUUAAUUAUUUAAACCAUUUAAAAAUUAUGGUUCUGACAAAACUGCUUCAGUUUGAAGGAACUGACCAUUUAAAGAGAAGCUCCUGGAAUGUAAACCCCUAAAAGAAAUAUUUUGGAGUACCUCGCAUGACAGUGUAUUUGCAUGGUACACGCACAGACAUAGGAAAUACAACUUGAUAAAGGUAUGACAUGAGAGAGUGCAGCUGGCACUGUUGGGGCACUGGCAGCUACAAAGUGGAUUAUCAGCCAAAGACUCUGCUGGUUGUGGCUCAGUCUUUGAAAAGGAGUAAUACAGCAAAUCUGGCCCAGUUAUCUGCAGUCAUGAGCAGAGUUGUGUGUCCCUGCAAUACAGGGCAUGCUGUAAACAGGCAAGUUGUUUCCCAGUUAGUAGGGAACUGAAAACUAAAACUGAAAUAUCUAUGGUCACCCAGAGGUAGCCAUUUAAUAGAGAAAAUGGUGAUUGUCUUUGCUAGUUUAACACUAGGUAAACUAAGUGUUAAAGAUUCUAAUCAACAGCUUCUUGUAUUUCUUAGCUGCCAUGUUGGUAAUUAGCUACCUUGGUUAGUUUUGACAGUAUUUUACUUAAGGCUUUCCUAUGUAUAAAAUCUGUAACCAUAGAAUUCAAUUUUAAAAUAUUGUACAAAUUUAGGACCAGCUUCCUAAAAUGAGGGAGUAAGUCCAUAUAGGAAAAAAAUUAAUUAGAACUCUAUCCUGACUAUCUAAUAAAAUGCAGAGCAACCAACAUGAACAGGUAUUUUAAAGAAUGCAAUUUAGCUGCUACAUUAGAUACAUUAACAGAUUAAACCAGUAAAACCACAACUAUCCAGACAAAAAAGUAAAUAACUUUAUUUAUAAUAUAUCCGCAAGAUAAACUGACACAAAUUGAAGGAGAUGCAACCAUAUGGUAAUAAGAGGUAGGAGAGAUACAGAAAUGGUAGAGAAGCUGCAUUAUGCCAGUAUGACUUUUUGUAACCAUGAAACAGUUAUUCUAAGUUGCACACAAUUCUUUCUCAGUAUGAGUGAUUUUACUUUGUACUUGUUACAAGACUAGAAGUGCAAACUGAAACAAUUUCUAAACUGAAUAUUUCAUUAGGUAUCUUUCAGACAUAGUUAGACAAAUAUACUCCCACGCAAGCAGAUUACAGGAGUUCACAGUUAAGUGCAAAAUAUCUUCCUCUCUUUCUUAUAUGCUGAUAUAAAACCAAUUAGGUGUAAAUCCUUAUUUGCUCAGUUAAAUGAUAAACUGCAAUUAAAUUAAAGAAAUUUACAGGGAUUGUGGUUUAGCAAGAUGAAAAGUGCAGUUACUACACAGGAAAAGAUUCCUUCUUCACCCUGUGAUUAAGACGUUGCAUGACAGAAACAAUCUAGCCUAUUCAAGGAAAAGCAGACUUUAGCAUAAAUGCUCUCUCUGUUCCUGGAUUCAAUGGAAAAGCAUGUAAUGAGAGCUCCUGUUACUGGUUUCACUGUUUUUUGUCUAGGCUAUAAAGCCCUUUUUGUUAAUAUACAAAAAACAAAGAUUGUUUACUAGUGGCAGUAUGUUUAAUUGUGGCAGUUAAAGCACGUUUCUGAAGGGUUAGCUAAUACCAUCAACGUUUUAAUAAAUACUCUGUAUUAUCUCUACUGGAGUAAACCCUAAACAUGACAGUAUUGUAGCAUGUGAAAUAUUACAACUCUAUGAAGGUGAUUUCAAGAGUAGUUUUCCAGGUAACUAACCAAUGCUUAAUUCCAUUUAACCUUGGGGAUUAUUCUUCCAUAAAUCCAGUGAGCUACAGAACUUGUACUUGACAGUAUAACUUCUACGGCCACUCUUUGAAUAGUAAUAUAGUCUGUCAUUCUUAAGGAACUCUCAAGAAGUUCUUGACAUUCUUUCUGUCUUAAAGUAAAAAGGUAACUGACUGCAUCAAGAUUGCUGUCACAAAGUAAGGAUAAAUUGAGUUUGUGGAGAGAUACUGGCAGUGCUGUCCAGUCCACUUUGGAUGUAUUGGUUCCCCCAUCAAAGUUAGUGAAACACACUUUUGAGCCGUUGAAGAUAUGAAAGAGAGAACUACGAUGAACUGUGAAGUUAAGGAGGAUAUAUGCUAGGAGCAGUGCUUCGCUCCUGACACAACAUACUACUCCAAGUAAUGUACAAACACUUGUACAGUGUAUGUAGCCCACCUACAGCAGCCAUCAGUCUUUUCUGUAAAUGGUAUCCUGUCCUGCUAAAUGUAACUUUUAACAGUUUUCUUGGGAUCUGAGCUACCUCUGAAAAAAGAUCCUGUUAGGGAUUUUCUUUUUUGUCAGCAGAUGUUAAGUUAUAAACUCUUACAUGGAAAUGUAUUUAAUGUAAAGCUUAAGUAUCUCCACAGCCUCAAAAAAAAGCACCUACACCAACUUAAAGAGAGAA